CUACGACGUGGUGUUCGCGGGGCCCCCCUAAAGAGCUCCUGGCCAAGUUCCGGGCCGGAUUUUGGGGCGUUCUCUUCGCGGCCGAGGGGUUCUGCUGGCCCCAGGAGGGGCUGGCCCCGCUCUACCCCCCCUCCCCCCCCGGCGGGAAACCCUUCCUCAACUCGGGGGGGUUUGUUGGUUACGCCCCAGCCCUGUGGGCUCUGGUGGAGCGUUGGCACUACCGGGACGACGACGACGAUCAAUUAUUUUAUACCCAGUUAUAUCUGAAUCGGGAGCUCAGGGAGCGGCUGGGGCUGGGCCUGGAUCACCACUCCGGAAUCUUCCAGAACCUCAACGGGGCCCUGGACGAGGUCCGGAUUCGCUUCGAGCCCGGCGGGAACCGAGUGAGGAACGAGGUCAGCGGGAGCUGGCCCGUGGUCAUCCACGGCAACGGGCCCACAAAGGUGGCGCUGAACUCGCUGGGUAAUUACGUCCCUCAGGGCUGGAGCCCCGGCGGCUGCGGGGACUGCGAGAGCGACCUGAGACCCCUCAGGGGCACCCCGGCCCAGGCCCUGCCCUGGGUGCUCAUCGGGGUCUUUGUGGCCGAGCCCACCCCGUUCCUGCCCCAAUUCCUGCGGCGCCUGCGGGAGCUGAGCUACCCCCGGGAGAGGAUGGGGCUGUUCCUGCACAACGCCGUCCCAGGCCACGCCCCCCUGCUGGACUCGCUCUGGCCCCGCCUCCGGCGCCGCUUCAGCUCCGCCCACCGUGAGGGGGAGGGGCUGGGGGCAGGGGCGGCCCGAGAGCUCGGCAUGUCGCUGUGCCGGCGGGACCCGCGCUGCGAGCUCUACCUGAGCCUGGACAGCGACGUCGCCCUGAGCGACCCCGGGGUGCUGCGGGCGCUGAUAGAGCAGAACAGGCAGGUGCUGGCGCCGCUCCUGUCCCGCCCGGGGCACCUCUGGUCCAACUUCUGGGGCGCCCUGAGCGCCGAGGGCUUCUACGCGCGGGCACCCGACUACCUGGAGAUCCUGCACGGGCACCGCAGGGGCGUGUGGAACGUGCCCUACGUCAGCCGCGCCUACCUGGUGGGCGGGGCCGCGCUGCGGGGGCCGCUGGGGGAGGGGCCUGUGUUCGACCACGCCCACCUGGACCCCGACAUGGCGUUCUGCGCCCGCGCCCGCGAGAAGGGGCUGUUCCUGCACGUCACCAACCGGCGCCACUUCGGGCACCUCCUGGUGACCAACGGCUACAACGGCACCGGGCGGAGGCACCCGGAGCUCUGGGAGAGGCCCCGCAACCCCUGGGUGCUCUCGUGGGCGGUUCCCCUCUCGUCGCUGCACCUGGACCUGGUCCUGCAGGGGGCGCUGCGGGAGCUCCUCCCCCCCAUCGCCCGCCGCCUCUUCCCGGGAUACGCCCCCAAGGGCCGCACCGUGCUGAGCUCUGUGGUUCGUUAUGACCCCGCCCCUUCCGGCCCCGCCCCCUCUGGCCCCGCCCCCUCGGCCCCGGCCCGGCCCUCGGCCACGAUCAGCCUGAGCGUCAGCCUGAGCCCCGCCCACGGCGGGGGGUGGCUGUUCCCCCGUUACGGCUGUGUCGCCCCCGCGCCCCCCCCGGGCUGGGCCCUGCUGCACCCCGGGCGCCUGACACACCUGGGGCAAGGUGUGCCCCCGACGGGGAGCGCCAGGUACGGGCUGGCGCUGCUGAUGGACCCUUAAUUGGGGACACUUGGGGACAUCACCGAGGACAUCGAGGGACAUUGGGGACACCCCCAACCCCCCCCACCCCCACAACGUCCUCGUGGACCCCCUGAGUGUCCCCAGACGGGGACAUUGGAGACACCAGGGGACAUCGAGGGACACUGGGGACAUGGGGGCGCUGACCCCCGGACACCUGAGUGUCCCCAAAUUGGGGACAUUGGUGACAUCGGGGAGCCACCCCUGGACCCCGCCACGGGCUGGCCUCGGUCGUGGACCCCAACAUUUGGGGACGUUUGGGGACAUUUGGGGACAUCGAGGUCCCGUCCAUGCUAUGGCCUCGUGCUCUCCAUGGACCCUGACUGGGGACAUUUUGGCAUUUUGGGGACAUUGCGGCCAUUUGGGGACAUUUUGGGGUCCCUCCCCUGGACCCUGCUAUGGCCUGGCCUUGCUCAUGGACCCCAGAAUGUCCCCAGAAUUUGUGGGGGGGGACACCCCAAAAUGGGACCCUGGGGACACCUUGGGGACCCCAAAAUGGGCAAUUUUGGAACUCCUGGACUUUGGGGACCCCAAAAAGGACCGUGGGGACACCUUGGGGACAUUGGGGACACCCUGGGGAUCCCAAAUUGGGACCGUGGGGGGCCCCGAUG